AUGACAACUACGCUCACCUCGGGCGGCAACGCCGUCUUUCCCAACUACAACAACGACUUCAGCCACGUCGAGGACCCCAAUGAGCGCCGUCGUCUUGCCCUCGCGGAAAUCGACAAUGCGUCGUUCGGAUGGCGCCACGCUCGUGCGGUUGUUGUGGCCGGCGUCGGCUUCUUCACUGACUCGUACGAUAUCUUCGCUAUCAACCUCUGCUCUGCCAUGCUGGGUGUCGUCUACUGGCAGGAUUCAGCCUCGCGUCCUGGCAAAAUCCCAUAUAAUUCCGACACGGCCAUCAAGGUCUCCACCUCGGGAGGCACGGUCCUCGGCCAGCUGUUCUUCGGAUGGCUGGCUGAUAUGAUAGGACGAAAGCGCAUGUACGGAUUUGAGCUGAUCAUCAUCAUCCUGGCCACUCUGGCGCAGUCUCUGGCUUCGGACUCACCCGGUCUCUCGAUCACUGGUAUUCUGGUCUUUUGGCGCGUCCUGAUGGGAAUCGGUAUCGGUGGAGACUAUCCGCUGUCGUCGAUCAUUACUUCCGAAUUCGCAACCACCAAAUACAGAGGAGCCAUGAUGGCUGCCGUCUUUGCUAUGCAGGGGUUCGGUCAGUUCGGCGCCGCGAUCGUUGCCCUUAUUGUGACAUCUGGAUUCAGAGGGUCGCUGGAAUCCGCAGCCUCCGUCGGUAAGUGUUCGGGGGUGUGUCAGUUGGCCGUUGAUAAAAUGUGGCGCGUUGUCAUUGGGUUCGGUGCCGUUCCUGCCUGCGUCGCCCUCUACUAUCGGUUGACGAUCCCCGAGACCCCUCGCUACACCUUUGACGUCGCCCGUGACAUCAUCAAAGCCAACGCGGACGUGCGUGCGUAUAUGGAAGGCCGCCAUGAAGGACACCCAGACGAGGUGAAGCGCAUUGCGGUGCUGCAGGACGAAAACAUUGAACUGGUGACCCCGAAGGCAAGCUGGCCGGACUUCUGGGCUCAUUACACCCAAUGGAAGAAUGGAAAGGUUCUUCUGGGCACUGCCGGCUCGUGGUUCUUCCUUGACGUGGCGUUCUACGGCCUCGGACUUAACAACUCGAUUAUCCUCAGUGCGAUCGGCUGGACUGGAGGCAGCAACGUAUAUGAAUACUUCUACCGCAACGCCGUCGGCAAUCUGAUCUUGAUCUGCGCGGGCGCGAUCCCCGGAUACUGGAUGACCGUAGCCACGGUGGACACCAUGGGCCGGAAGCCCAUCCAGCUUGGCGGGUUCGCCAUUCUCACCAUCGUCUUCAUCGUCAUCGGGUUCGCCUACGAGCCUCUGAAAAAGUCCAACAACGGUCUCUUGGGCCUCUACAUUGUCGCGCAGUUUUUCUUCAACUUUGGCCCCAACGCAACCACCUUCAUCGUCCCGGGCGAAUGUUUUCCUACGCGUUAUCGCUCGACCUCGCACGGGGUCAGCGCCGCUGCUGGAAAGGUCGGCGCGAUCAUUGCGCAGUGCGUCUUCGGACCGCUGGCGCAUCGCGGCGCGCACGAGGGCAAGAGCUCCAGCGAUACACCCUGGCUGAACCAUGUCAUGCAGAUCUUCGCUCUCUUUAUGCUCUGUGGCGGACUCACCUCGCUCCUCAUCCCGGAGACGAAGCGCAAGACGUUGGAGUUUAUGGCUGGGGAGAAUCUGAGUUCCGGUUCUUCGUCUGUGGUCGAGGGUCCAUCCGGCGAUAACAACGAUAAGAGCGAGACUCCGAAGACUGUUACUACUACUACCGGUGGAGUGCAGGUCUGA